AAAAGUUUCGUUCUUUGAAAGAAACCCAAAAUAAUUUUCAUCUGUCAGUCUUCAUUUUUUCCCUUAUUUUCUCAUCAAAGUUUCAAUCCUUUCUCCAUUUUAGAUCUACCCCGUUUGUUUUUUCAAUUAUACGUAUAUAAAUGUAAUUUUGAAUAAAAAAAUCCAAGCUUUAAUUAGCAUUUAAAUUGCGGGGUGGUAUUUCCCAAAUAUAUAUGGAAAAAGUUAGAAUCCGAGGAAUGGUGUAGGAGAGGGGGACAAGCAAAGCAUAGAGUUCUUGAGAGUAAUAUGGAUUCCAUUUGAACCCAACAGUAAGCUGUGUUGUGAAAAAAAAAACAUCAAAGAAAAGAAAAAAGAGAGGGAAAUGGUGGAAGUGUUGGUUCCUUUUCCAGGGAUUUAAGUGUUUUUUUUCCCUUUUUUCUUUUAAUAAAGGGGUGAGAAAGGGGCUGCCUUUUUAGCAUAUGCCACUUGGGUUUUUUAAUAAAAGGGCAAGGGAGCGUCAAUAAGAGAUAAGUGAAGGCAAAAACAAAGUUUUUAAAAAAAUGCAGGAAACAAGGAAGAAGAAUGGUGGCAAUGAAGAUUCCAAGAAGAAGGAGCGUCAUAUAGUGACAUGGACCCAAGAGGAAGAUGAUAUCCUUCGUGGACAAAUCAGUUUACAUGGAACUGAAAACUGGGCUAUCAUUGCCAAUAAAUUCAAGGAUAAAACAACAAGGCAGUGCAGAAGGAGAUGGUACACAUACUUGAAUUCAGAUUUCAAGAAAGGAGGAUGGUCACCAGAGGAAGAUAUGCUUUUAUGUGAGGCACAAAAAGUCUUUGGCAAUAGAUGGACUGAAAUAGCAAAGGUGGUUUCAGGCAGAACGGAUAAUGCUGUUAAAAAUCGAUUCUCGACACUAUGUAAGAAGAGAGCCAAAUAUGAAGCCUUAGCAAAAGAGAAUACAGCAACAUGUAUAAACCCAAAUAACAAAAGAAUUUUACUUCAAAAUGGGUUCAAUUUAGAUGGAACAGCAGACUGUACUGAUUUUGUCAAAAGAAUGAGGAGAUCCCACGUUUCUGAUCUUACUGAAAACUGCAUCUUUGGAGAUAGAUCACAUAGAGUAUCUGGAACAAUGAUGAAUCAACAGCUAAGACAUCCCUUUGCAGUUUUGGGUCAAAAUCUCCACAAUGCUAAAAAUGUCAUGGUUCAAUCUCAAGUCAACAAUGUUAAGGAGGUUUCGAGCGACGCAGCUCAGGAUAAUAGCACUCGAGGAACAUUUCUCAGAAAGGAUGAUCCAAAGAUAAAUGCUUUGAUGCAGCAAGCAGAGCUACUCAGCUCACUUGCAUUGAAAGUUAACUCGGACAACACAGAACAAAGUCUGGAAAAUGCUUGGAAGAUGCUCCAAGACUUUUUGAAUCAGAGUAAAGAAAAUGACAUCCUGAGAUAUACAAUGUCUGAUAUUGAUUUGCAACUUGAAGAUUUCAAAGACUUGCUAGAGGAUUUAAGGAGUAGUAAUGAGGGAAGUCGACCGUCUUGGAGGCAACCUGAUCUGUACGAGGCAUCGCCAGCCAGCUCGGAAUACAGUACAGGGUCGACACUGAUGCCUCAUCCAGCUGGGGAAACAGGAGAAGAAGCCCAAGGUAAGAUAGAUGAACUGCACCAGGAUCUACCUUCAAGUCAUAUCGGAGAGCAGAAUUGCGGGAGUGAGGAGAAAAGAGCUGUUUCGGGUGCAAACACUAAUCAAGUCGAGAUAAUCCCAUCGUGUGACGACAUUACAAAUAAUAUAGUUGCUUCUACCUCAUCAAGCAUAGAGUUCAGUUCCCCAAUCCAAGUUACCCCACUUUUCAGAUCUCUGGCAGCAGGGAUUCCCAGUCCAAAUUUUUCAGAAAGUGAAAGGAACUUCCUACUUAAGACACUUGGAAUGGAGUCCCCUUCUCCUAAUCCGGGAAAUAAUCAUUCACAACCACCACCUUGCAAACGAGUCCUCCUCCAGAGUCUAUAAAUAACCUCUGAUCAUCUCUUAUAAUGAAAUCAACAUUGGUCUGAAGUCCGUAUAGAUGUAUACCUCAUAAUUUGUUUCCCUGAGCAACAUAUAGCUCAUAUUGAGUUUCCAUCUCUUUUUUUUCCCUUUUUGUCCUAGGGUUGCAGCCAUCUUGGCCUGGAAUUUUACAACAAGGCAUCUAAUGAUCUGCACUCCCAGUUCCUUGGCUUAGAAUGUUUUUGGUGCAUUCUAGCUUCUCAGACACAUCCAAUAAGAUGGCCUGAGUUUCAUUAAUUUCCUUUAUUUAUUUUUUCCUACUAGAGAGUACUACCUUAAUACUCACAUUAAAACCAGUGUGUGCUUGUUAGUGUGUGCCAUUCUUCUUUUUGUCAUCUCAUCCGAGCGGUUUCGGGUGUCUCUUCCAUCCUUUUAAUCAAGUUUUUGUCCUUGAUUUGUAUUCUAGUACAGAGCCUACUUUAUAAAGUCAUUAGAGUGUAAUUAUACAUAGGCAACUUGCCUAAAUAUGAUAAAAGAUAGAGAGGAAGAAAAAAAAAGAGAAAUAGUAAAGGAGGAUUAACCUUAUAUAAUGUUGUCGGGUGUGCAGGCGGUAUAGAAUAAGUUAUUUUUGUGGUUUUCUAUCCUGAUUUUCUAAUGUAAUGAAACUCAUAUGAUUUGAGUGAAUGUGUUUUGACUUUGGUGUGAA